AAUGACAAGUAGCUCAAACACUCGAAUAGAGUUAUUGUCAAAAUCUUAUGUAUUCUUGUUAGUUAAUUCUGUAUUUCUCAUUAAAUUCGGAAAUGGCUUACAAUUUCAAAUCAGAAAGUGAAGUCAAAGAAUAUAUUAAUAAUUUGGGGAUAGAAUAUAGAUUCGGAUGUUACAGCGAGAAAAAACCUGAAGUUUGUCACCUAUUAGCGGACUUUUUGGAAUCAAUAAAAAAGGAUUUUGAGAAAGCUGGAAAAGUCUACAAAAACAACUGUGAUGAAUACAAAUAUGGUAAAAGUUGUUUGAAAUAUGGUACCUACAGUUUAUUAGGAAGAGGUACUAAACAGUCUGAUUUCAAGCAGGCAUAUGAUUAUUUCGAGAAAGGAUGUAAUUUGGAAGAGCCUGAUUCGUGUCUGAACCAGGCACUGCUUUUGAUUACAAAGAAUGAUCGUCCUGACAUCAAACAAGAUGUGAUUAAGGGUAUGAGGCUUCUAGAGAAAGCUUGUCAGGCAAAAAAUGCCAAUGCCUGUUAUUACCUAUCUGGAAUGUAUAUAGUUGGUGUAAAAAAUGAUACUACUUCCAACAUCACUGAUGUGAGCAAGGCAGAUAGUGCUAAACAUGAAGAAUUUAGUGUCCCCAAAAACAUGAAGAAAGCUUUUGAAUUUGCUUUAGAAGGAUGUAAUCUAGGAAAUAUAUAUAGCUGUGCAAAUCUUAGCCAGAUGUAUGCCAAAGGGGAAGGAACUGAAAAGAAUCAAGAAUUGGCUGAAAAAUAUAAGAGCAUAACCCUGGAAAUGCAAAAAGAAGUGCAAAGCAAUAAAACACUAUCAUUCCAAGAAGGGCUGAAUCCUUAAUUUAUUCUAGUCAUCAUACAAAAGCUUUUAUUUUAGAUGUUGAAGAAAAGUUUUAUAUUUCUUUGUGAAUAUAGUGACGUUGAAUAAAAAAAAACCUUUUUUAAAA